UUGAAAAAUGGCACACAUCUUGCAAUGAUCUCGAAAUGGUACCGGUUUCCACAUUUCUUCUCAUUUUCGGGUUUGGAAAAACAGCCCAGGCUCUCAUGAGCAGAUGCUGCCUGCACUUACAGAUACACAAAUAAUAGCGAUCAAGUUUGUUACUCCAUCUGGGGAAUCGGGUGCAGAAAAUGUCCAAAAACGCCUCUAGAAACGAUAUGGGAACGGGUCGAGCCGGAAGCCAGGAUCGGUGAAGUCGUUAUUGUCUCGAUUCCCAUGGAGACCUCGCCUUCUGCCUGCCAAGUUUCCUCCGACGCGGACUUCGAGGCCUGGAAGAAAUUCCACGGCAGGAAGAAAAUGGGCUUUCUCGUCGCGAUCUGCAUCUGGAUCCUCGGGCUCAUGGGCUUCUUCAUCUGCUUCCUCCUGAUGCGCUCGCCGAUUGCCUUCGUGUUUAUGGUCGUCGCUCUCGGCGGUAUCAUGGCAAUGAUCAAAGUGCCGUUUCCCAGCUUCGACAAAGGAUACAGGGAACCUCGGUGUAGGGCAGCAGGAGUGGAUCCUCACCUCUACAUGUUCCCAAAUGUCCCCUACCUAUUUGUGGAGAACGUGAUGACCGUGAUUCUCAAUAGCACCUGGUACGUGCUGAUGCCCGAGGAAGUCACGCUCCAUGCGAAUUUGGCCACGAAAAUCAAAUGCCGCGUUCACCGGGACGCAGUGGACGCGGUUCGAGGGAAGUCCUGGCACCUCAAGUCGACCUUCCCAUCUCCGGAGGAGGGACUUCCUCCCUUCGCUCUGAAACACUUCGACUCGGGAAUCCAGUCGAGGACUGACAUGGUGGAGGUUUUUCUCACGGAUUCCCCGAUCGCCUUCAGCCGCGACUUGAAUCGCGCACGAUCUCGGUCGCUUCCUGCCUCCCCUGGGACGAGCAGGCGAUCCCCUCCCGCCUCUCAGUUUCAGCCCGCAUUCUCAAAAAAGUCCGAUCUGCCUCCGAGCUACGAGGAUGCGACAGAAAAAUCGAGAUCGACGACCGGAGAGUAGCGGACUCCUCGGUCUGAAUUCCUUGGUGAAACGAUUUCCAUCGUUCCUCUUUCGGGAACGGUGUUUAUCCCCGUGG